AUGGCUAUUGAUCAAGAAUAAUUAUAGACUUACUAGCAGAUAGACAAUUGCUUUAAAGAAUUUUAAGCUUAAAAUGAUUAAAUGUUUUAGUCAAAAUAAGAGCUUUUAGUCCAAAAAAUUUAAUAGGAAAAGUAGAAAUAAAGUUUAUUGAAAUUUUAGCAAUCUAGAUCACCAUAGUCCUCAUAGACCUAUACCUUGAAAAGAAAGCCUUAGCUCAUUUAAUAACUAAUGGAAAAAUCAUCAUAAAAAGAAUCUUUAGAAUAAACUCCUACUAGUAGUACUAAUUCAAAUAAAUAAUAGAAUGAAAUUACUUCUAAUAAAAAAUAAUUAAAUGAAAAAUAAGGGUUGUAAAAGCUUAUAAAGAAAGUAAGUGAAUUCUCCUAGGUAAAAGAUUUUGUUUGGUUUGUAAAUAAGCUGGCUAAGUCUUCUAAAAAAUAUGAUUUCUUGAAAGAUGAUGAAAUAUGCAAACAAUUUGGAAUAGAUUUUAGGAAACUUGAAUAAAUUUAAGAAAUAGAAAAACGCUAGAAGUAUAUUGUCUACACUCUCAUCUCUAAUAUUAAUCAGCAAAUUGAAAAUUUUGAUUAUAAUAGCAAUACAGAUUAAAAAGCUAUCGAAAUCUAAGAGCAAUUAUAAAUAAAAUAGUUCCUCAAAGAUAAUUAAACAAAAAAAAAUGAUAUUUUAGAAUGGAUUAGAGUAAACAGCAAAUAUGAUAACUUGGAAAAAAAAAUUAAAUUAUGUUUGGUUGAGAAUAUUCAUCACCCAUAAAAUACUGAAUACCUAAUAGAAUAAAAAUAAUUGCAAAACUAAAACAUUAAAAUUAGGUAAAAAUCCAAUAAAAAAAGCAUUCAUCUCAAAAUAGUGAAACACGAUGACAUUCCACAAACUGAUAACAGUGCCAGUAUUGCAGAGAGUAAAGAAAGUUUUAGAAACCGUAAGGAUCUAAAAGAAGCAUUGAUUUGGAACAAUGAAACAGAGGCUCAUUUUAAUUUUAAAAAAGCUUAGAUUAAGAAUAACCUUUCUUAAAAAAUUCCCUCAAGCAAUUGGUAUAAUUUGAGCAUGAUACCUAUCAUUUAGGAAGUUUAAGUAGAUUAAGGAGUUGCUCAGUACAGAGAAUAGUUGAUGGAAAAGUUUAAAAACAGAGAAGCACUUACAGAUAAAGAGUUAUAAUUUUUAGCUACCACAAAUGAAUUACUUAACAGAAAUAUUGAUAAAAACUACGUCUAAGACAUAAUAAAUAACCUAGAUGAGUAAGUAAUAGAUGAAAUUGAGACAGGCAUAGCUGAAGAAAUAAUAAUGAAGUAUAAUAAACUAAUUGAAAUUGCUAAAGAAAAAAGAAAUGAGUACUUGAAAAGAAAAGCAAGCAUAUCAGGUAAAAUAAUCUAAAAUAAUGACUACCUUAAAAGGGUAAAAGAAGAAAAAAGCGAGCACUACCACUCUAAUUUAAUGAAAAAUAAAAUUAUAGAAAAGCUAAUCGAGGGAUAUAAAUUAAACGAAAUAAAGAUGCAUGUAAUCAAAUAAGAUAAUCUUCUGAAAAAUUUUGGCAAAAGUUUGAAUGAUAAAUUUGAAAACGAAUUACCAAUAAAUCUAACUUUGCAUUCUCAAAAAUGCAAAGAAUUUUAUUCAAAAUAAGUCCCAGAUAAAAAUAAAUAAUUGAAAACUUUGUACAGCCUUAAGAAUGGAGAAGAAAUAACAAUAGAAAAAUCAUAGAGACUUUUCCAUCCAAGCUCAAUGCUAAUAUUAAAUUCAAACUUAAUUGAUGACUAAAAGUACUAGAAAACUGAUGGCAUAAUUCUUUCUUAAUAAGAAAUUGCAAAAUUAAGCUAAUAAAAAGAAAAAAUGGUCAAACAGAGAAUGUUUAUCAAGAAUUCGAUAAUGAAGAACAAAAAAGAUCUCUUUCAGACAUUUUACUCCAGUGGUCCUUUAGAUGCUGCAGAAGAGUAUGGGGGAAAAAAUUAAAAAAAUGAAUAUAAAUUUGACUUACCUAAAAGAAAUCCAUGGAUAACAGAUGAAAUAAGAACUCAUGCAGCUAUAAUAAUAUAAAAAAAUUAUAGGAUGAGAAUUGCUAAAAAAAAAGCAGCAAUUUUAGAUGAAUAGAAAAUUAGCAAAUUAAUAAAAAGAACCAAAACUAAAAUGGCAGCUAGCUCAUUUAUGAAUCAUUUAAGUAGUUUCGCUUAGCAGUUACAAUCUUUUGAGCAGUAGUAAAAAACAAACAAAGUAAAACCUUCAACACCUAAAAAAAAUCAUAAAGAUACUAUGUCUCCAAGGGAAAGGUAAAUUUUGAUUAAUAUGAAAUUCAAAAAUAAGUAGGAGAUAUUGCAAGAUAGCAUUAUUGGAGAUAAUCAAAGCGUUGAUAGUGAUGAUUAAAAUUAUAGAACAAAAAACAGUACUCCAAUGCAAUCUGCAAAAAAAGGCUUACUCUCGAAAAGUAGGAGCUAAAACCUAUAAGAUACUACUUUUGUAUCAACUACUCUAGGUGCCUAAUCGCCAUAAUCAAUUGUUGGCAACACAUUUUAAAGAUAGGAUUUUAGUUCCUUUAUAGAAAAAUUAAGAGAAUAUAAAGAGAAAGGUGAAAAUAAAAGAAGUAGUGGUUCUGCUUAACUACCAAAAAAUAAUAUAUAAUUAAGCAGAUCUUCUACAAUGUUUAAUAAGACAACAAAUGUUUAAACAGAUAUUUCCAUAUUUUAAGAAACAAACAAAAGCAGGAGAGGCUAAAAUCUACUACAACUAGAUGAUUUUUAAAGAAAAAUUUUAAGUACUUAAGGUUCUGAAAGUGUAAAAAAUGGAAGUAAAAAUUUUAAUCUGUUGACUAUGUAAGAAUAAAUAGCUUCAUUAAAUUUAACUCCACAAUAAUAACAAACUAAAAGAUAAAAAAACUCAUAAAAUUUAGCUUAAAAUAUAAAAUCUUUAAAAUCGGAGCUUAAGAAAACAAAAUAAGAUGAAUAAUAAAGACAAAAUGAUCUAGAAAAAUUGAGGGCAAGAAUGUUUAAAAAUACACUCUUAGUAAAGUAAUAAAAACUUAUUUCAGCAGCUUAGCAUAAUACUUUCCAAGCUAUAAAAAAUGCUGGUUAUUUAUUGAGUAGUAGUGAUGUUAAUAUCAAAGAUAAACAAGGAAAUACACCUCUUUACUACACAGUCAUGAACAAAAAUGAAGAGUUUGUUUAGUACUUGGUUGAUUUGGGUGCAAAUGUUAAUGAGCCAUGUUAAAACGGGAAUACUCCAUUGCAUAUGGCUUUUUAAAUAUAAAAUGAAAAGAUAAUCAUGGAUUUUAUGGAAAAAGGUGGAGAUUUGAACAUAGUUAAUUAAGAUUAAUAAACACCUAUAGCAAUGGGUAGUUUUGAAUUGAUUAAAAAGAUGGGACUCGAAAAUGCAGUAGCAAAAAUUAGCAACUUAGAUUAAAAUAGUAACAAUAACAAUCUUAUUAAAAAGCAAAGUAUCAGUCAAUCAGUAGAUAAUAGAUAUACAAACGGAGCUUUAAAAAUUGAUCUAACCCAAUAAUUUGCUAUUGACAACAAUUCUGUCUUCAAACAGAUUUAUACGAAAAAAACUACUUUCAGUUAUAAAAAUAAAAAUAUGUAGAAAAGAGCUAAUAACUAACAUUUUAACGAAGAAAUUUUAGCUGACAUCGAUUCUGUUGGAAAAAACUAAAAUGCUGUUUACUAAAUUAAAAACAUUUUGAGAGAAAAUCAGCAUACAAUCAAAUCAAAAAGUGUUCAAAUAUCUUCUACCAAAUGA